AUGUUAAUCCACAACAAUGUCGGCACACGACAAUGGAAGGGGAAAAAAUUCAGACGUGGGACCAGGGGAUACAAAAGAAGCUCCAAGCUUCGAUCCAAAAUAUGCCCCUUCAUCUGGUGGCGUGGCGCCUCCGGCAAUCACUUGCGGAUAUUGGUUUACGUAUUCUACCGAUUAUUUUCCUUGGUAAAGGUGGACGUCGGGACUCGGAGGAAUAGAAGUAGAAAGGGCUUGAGACUGAAAUAUGAUCCUGAAUAUCUAAAUGGCUUCUCCGUCUCCUUUCUCAAAAAUUCUGGGGAAGCACACAAAGUCGCGGUUGUUCGCUACAUCAAUGACACGAACUUGAAUAUGUCCCUAUCUAUCUUCCGAUUUCAGCCGUGUCUUACUCGGGUAGAGGACAGUAACGUUGCGAAAGGUCCGGACACAAGUACAGGUACGACUGAUCUACGGUAUGAUAUGAUAUCAACUGUUUCGAUUUAUCGAUGUUAUCUUGUGGUCGCAGCACAAAACCAACAUUACAUCCUACUGUGGAUGACCGAGAAGACUCGUGCAGUAUCGUACUGCUUUUCGAUAAAGUGCUCAUGGAGAGACUGCAGUGUUUUCUGUAUACUCGUUGUAAUAUAUUCGGAAUGCAGCGUAGAUGACGCAAGGUGGUACUAUGGUAUUCAUACACCUAAUGGUCACCUUCCAUAUGCUAUAUCAACGCAGGAAUUUAUUGUUCCAGUUGCGUUGUGUUGA